GUGGGGUGAGCAAGGCUCCCGUGGGCGGCCGCGGGCCGGGGGAGGCUCCGGCUGGGACAGCCGGUAUCCUCCUGCUCAUCCCACGGUGCCAAGGAGGGGGAGGCGAGACGCCUGCCCAGACGAGGCCGCGGGCCGGGCUGUGCCGGGAGGCGGCGGGGGGACGCGGCAGCGCUCCCCGGGGCGCCCCGACCCUCCGGAGCAUCGCGGGGCCAAGGCACGGGCAGGAGCAUGGACGGGGGCUGCCCGCCGGCACCCAGCAUGGCCGAAAGCGUGGGGGCCUGCACCGGCAGGGGGUGCGGAGUGGGGUCAGCCGCCAUGCAUGGCUGCCCCCCAGCCACCGCUGCCCCCAGCUCCCGGGGGAGGAGAGGGGCCUGCAGCCCCCCACGAGCCACCCGGCGCUGCCGGGGAGCAGGCACAGGCAGGACCCUGGGGGUCUCAUCUGCCCACCCUGGUAACCCGGGGAGCCCCCUGGCAGCAAGGCAGGGCCCCCCGGGGCUGCUGUGCCCCCAGAACGCGGCGCGGGAGCGGAGCCGGGUGCGGGCACUGCGCCAGGCCUUCCUGUCGCUGCAGGCAGCCCUGCCCGCCGUGCCCCCCGGCACCAAGCUCUCCAAGCUGGACAUCCUCGUCCUGGCCACCAGCUACAUCGCCCACCUCAGCCACGCGCUGGGCCAUGGGCCCCCCCCACCCGCGCCCUCCCACCUGCUCCGCGGACACCCGCUCCUGCACCCCAUGAAGAAGUGGCCGAUGCGCUCCCGCCUCUACGCCGGCCCUUGGCGGGGGCCCAGUCCUGACCCCCCUGGGGCAGCCGCAGCCACCGGCAGCCACGAGCACACAGGCCGGGGGGACAGCAGGCUGGCAAUGAGUGAUGGACCCCCCUGACUCCCCAGGCUGCCUAUGGCCACGGGACCCCCGGGCCUGCUCUCCCCCCCCAGCACAGGGAGGCCGUGCCCCGGGGUGGGGAUCAGGGGCAGCAGCUGGGGGGGUGGGCAGCACUGAUGGGAUCUGCACCCCCAUCCUGCAUGGGGGUCCAUGAGCUCACAGGCACACAGUGGGCAGCGGGAUGCCCAGACUCCCUGCCCACAGCCACAAUGGGGCAGGACCCCAGGGACCCUUGGGGUGGGCACGGGGGGGGGGGGGCAUGCCCCACGGGGGCUGGGGGCCACCUGGUCCGACCUGCAGCAAUAAACCAA